AAACACACAAGCAAGUAGCAACAGCUAGUAGCACCAGGCCACUAGUAUCACUGCAUUUCUGCCACUUCUGAUUAAGGAAAAGGAGAGGGUAGUGAGAUAUGGGGAGGGAUCAGGCAGCGGCAGCGGCAGCAGCAGCAGCAGUGGUGCAUGAGAAGGUGAAGCUGUUCAUAGGAGUGCUGGCCCUGCAGUUCCUGCUUGCAGGGUUCCACAUUGUGAGCAGGGCAGCACUCAACAUGGGCAUCAGCAAGCUUGUGUUCAUCGUCUAUAGGAACCUCAUUUCCCUCGCCUUGCUCGCGCCCUUCGCUUACUUUCUCGAGAAGAAAGAUAGGCCACCAUUGACACUCUCCUUGCUGGUGGAAUUUUUUCUUCUGGCACUGUUGGGGAUAACUGCAAACCAAGGUUUCUACCUCCUAGGGCUGUAUCACUUGUCACCAACUUAUGCUUCUGCAAUACAGAACACAGUUCCUGCCAUCACCUUUGUCAUGGCUGCUGUCCUCAGGCUCGAGCAAGUAGACCUAAGCAGGAGGCAUGGGGUAGCCAAGGUGGUGGGCACGGUGGUGAGCAUAGGGGGUGCCACAGUGAUAACCCUCUACAAGGGCCUACCACUGUUCCAUCACAAUCUCAACAUCGAGUCCCUGUCCUCCUCUAGCCUAAUUCUCAACUGGACUCUGGGCUGUGUCUUCAUCCUUGGCCACUGCCUCUCUUGGUCUGGAUGGAUGGUUCUUCAGGUGCCAGUGCUGAAGAGGUACCCAGCCAGGCUCUCAGUGCUGUCACUGACCUGCAUCUUUGGGCUCCUCCAGUUCCUGGUCAUUGCAGCCUUCACUGAAGAAGACCUGAGCAGGUGGAAGGUGAAUUCUGGAGGGGAGCUGUUCACAAUCCUCUAUGCUGGUCUUGUGGCAUCCGGUGUCGCGUUUGCUCUGCAGAUAUGGUGCAUCGACAGGGGAGGGCCACUGUUCACCGCGGUGUUCCAGCCGGUGCAGACCGUCGCCGUCGCCGUCAUGGCCGCCAUCAUUCUCGGUGACCAGCUAUACACGGGAGGGAUCAUCGGAGCAGUGCUGAUUGUGAUCGGGCUGUAUUUCGUGCUAUGGGGCAAAAGCGAGGAGAAGAAGAGCAAGAACACCCAGGGCCAUUCGGUGCAGGCAGGAGGCGACGACAUCACGAGGCGUCUGCUCGGGCAAGAAGACGCAUCUCGCAAAGACGAGGAGGCAGCAGUGACUGACGAGCUGGCAUGAUGAACUGAAGAUCGAUCAGGAACGCAUGCAUAACCGAGGGCGUUCUUCACCCGUAAUAUGUUGGAGCUAGAAAAUUGAUGUGUUGUCAGUGACUGUACUUUCUUUAACUAUAUUAAUCAAGAAGAAGAAGAUCCAAGCGUGCCAGUGUGAAUAACAAGCACUACUGGUCCUCACUCAUCAGUGAUACAUAUAAUUGCUAUGAUCGAAUCGAUCUGUGUAUAUCUCAAUCUGUAUAUUCAGAAUUAAAUAUUGCCAUCAGUCGAACAAACACAUAUACGCCUGCGUCGUUGGAAAUUUGAGUGAAUGAUAACCUGUA